UUACUCUUCAAGUGACCCUGCGUUUCAAAUCUCAAAAUCUCCAAUUCCAUGGCGAAUCCCAGAAUCUCUAUUCCCCUCCAAGAGAGAAACCCUGGUAAAAACACCCUAGAGAGAGUCCUAGACCUCAUCAUCUUCUUUCUCCUCCUCCUCCUCCUCUUAUAUCGUCUACUAUCAUUCAACUUUCAUGGCUUCACUUGGAAGCUUGCAUUCUUCUGCGAGUCAUGGUUCACCUUCUGCUGGAUCCUCACUAUGAAUGCUAAAUGGACUCCUGUUGAUUACACCACCUACCCUGAACGCCUCUUACAAUGGUUUGGUGAUGAGCUUCCCCCAGUGGACAUGUUUGUGACUACAGCAGAUCCAGUUCUUGAACCCUCAAUUAUCACUGUCAACACUGUUCUCUCCUUGUUGGCAGUGGACUACCCAGCUCACAAGCUAGCUUGUUAUGUCUCUGAUGAUGGCGCAUCUCCUCUUACCUUUUAUUCUCUUGUGGAAGCAUCUAAGUUUGCUAAGCUUUGGGUUCCUUUCUGUAAGAAGUAUGAUGUUCAAGUUAGAGCCCCCUUUAUGUAUUUUUCUACUGAGCCCAUGUCAACUUCCCAUAUCUCAUCCGAUCACUUCCAACAGGAAUGGAAGAAGAUUAAGGAUAAAUAUGAACAACUUACCCAAAGAAUCGAAGAGGCUGCUCAGAAAUCUGUUCCAUGUGAUCUGACUGGUGAUUUUGAAGCUUUCUCAAAUAUAGAACGUAGAGACCAUCCGAGUAUAGUUAAGGUAAUAUGGGAGAACAAGGGAAAUCUUCCAGAUGGGUUGCCACACCUGGUAUAUGUGUCCAGAGAGAAGAGGCCCAAAACCCCACAUCAUUACAAAGCAGGGGCCAUGAAUGUCUUGACUAGAGUCUCAGGGGUGAUGACAAACUCCCCUUUUAUGCUCAACGUUGACUGUGAUAUGUUCACAAACAAUCCAAAGAUUAGUCUCAUGGCAAUGUGUUUUCUGCUUGGUUUCGAAAAAGAAUGUGAAAGCGGAUUUGUUCAGUGCCCACAAAAGUACUAUGGAGCCCCAAAAGAUGACCCGUUUGGAAAUCAAUUGGUCGUGUUGAACCAUACUGUGGGCCGUGGAUUAGCAGGAAUGCAAGGCCCUUUUUAUGGUGGAACUGGAUGCUUUCACAGAAGGGAAGUUAUAUAUGGGCUAUCACCAGAUGAAGCAGAAACUAAAGCAAGAUAUAUGAGUUUAAGUAAUGGAAAAUGGCCCUACGAAGCACUUCGAGCGAAAUUUGGAUAUUCACUUGAAUUUUUGGAAUCAGCGGGUCGGGUAUUGUUUGUGAUGAACGAACAUCCGGACCAUUCGAAAGAUCUUUCGAGCUCUGUCAAGGCAGCUAUCUCAGUCGCAGCUUGUGACUACGAGUCCGACACACAGUGGGGUAAACAUGUGGGGUGGAUCUACGGCUCCACAACCGAAGACAUCCUCACUGGACUCAAGAUUCAUACAAAGGGUUGGAAGUCCAUAUUUUUUGACCCAGACCCAUCUGCAUUUCUCGGGUGUGCACCCCCGACUGGGCCCACAACAUUGACCCAAAUGAAGAGAUGGGCCACUGGUCUCCUAGAGAUUCUAUGGAGCAACAACAGUCCCAUCGUCGGGACCCUCAUUGGAAAGAUUCAGUUCCGGCAAUGCUUGGGCUAUCUCUACGUGUUGAUUUGGGCUCUUUGUUCUCUUCCUGAACUUUGCUACAGUCUACUGCCAGCCUACUCCAUCUUCACCAACACCAGUUUCCUACCUACGGACUCUGAACCGGCCUUCUUCAUUGUUGGUUCUCUUUUCAUGGUUUACAACCUUAGCACCCUAUUAGAUUAUCUUCGAUGUGGCUUACCGGUCCGAGCAUGGUGGAACAACCAGAAAAUGGCUAGGAUACAAUCAUCUACUGCGUGGUUGUUUGGGCUAUUGGAUGUCAUUCUCAAGUUGUUAGGCUUAUCAGAGACUAUCUUCAUAGUGACACGGAAAGAUCAAAGCACAUCAAGCGAAGGUGGUAGUGGUGACACAAACUCCGAUAGCGGCCGGUUCACUUUUGAUGAGUCACCUAUCUUUGUGCCAGCCACAUCCCUCCUAUUGGUUCAUCUAACUGCGCUUGCAAUGGCUUGUCUGAGGGUUCAGCCUUUUCAAACGGUCCGUGAUGGCCAGGCCGGGCCGGGGAUCGGAGAGAUCAUUUGCAGUACAUGGAUUGUGCUGAGCUUCUUUCCAUUUCUAAAAGGGCUUUUCCGGGGAGGAAUUUAUGGGAUCCCCUUGGUAAUCUUGUACAAGUCCACCACUUUGGCUUUACUCUUUAUGUACUUCUCAAUGCGUCUAGGUUUGAAAGGUCAAACCUUGUGAAGACUUUAGUAAAGUAAAAUUUAAUAAUCAAA